GGCCCGGCUGGUGAAGGAGGCGGCGGCGGGGCCGGGCCCGGGCCCCCGGAACCGGGAUCAGCGGCCAUGGAGUUCCCGUUCGACCUCGGCCCGGUGCUGGGGGACCGGUUCUGUGUGGUGGACCAGCACCUGCGGCCCGCGGGGCGGCGAGGGCCCGCCCACCGAGGGGACCUGGAGCAGCAGCUGAGGACGGUCAUUGAUGAGCUGGGCAAGGCCUCGGCCAAGGCCCAGGGCCUCCCGUCCCCCGUCACCAGCGCCAGCCGCAUGGAGACCAACCGGCACGUCCUGUACAUCCUGCGGGACCCCGAGGGCCGGGGGGCCCCCAAGGGCGCUGUCAUUGGCUUCCUCAAGGUUGGCUACAAGAAGCUCUUCCUAUUGGACCGCUCCGGUGCCCACAUUGAAGCGGAGCCCCUGUGCGUGCUGGAUUUCUACAUCCAUGAAUCCCUGCAGCGCCAUGGCUACGGGCGGGAGCUCUUCCAUCACAUGCUGCAGAGCGAGCGGGUAGAGCCCUGGCGCCUGGCUGUGGACAGACCCUCGGCGAAGCUCCUGGCCUUCCUGCACAAGCACUAUGGGCUGGAGGAUGCCAUCCCACAGGUCAACAACUUCGUCAUCUUCGAAGGCUUCUUCUCCAACCGCCCCGCCCCCGCCCACCGCCGCCCGCCCCCCAAGCGCCCCGAGGAGCAGAUCAAGCCCUACUCCCUAUCGGAGCGCGACUUCCUGCGGGAGGAGGCGGAGCCUCCCUGGCCCUUCAACCUCAGCCCCGGCCGCCCGGGGGGGUCCCCGGUGCGCGGCAGCCUCCGGCCCUUCCUGCUCCGCCGGGACCCGGAUGGAGGCGCGGACCCCGCGCCCCCCCCCCGCCGCUCCAGCUCGCUCGGGCGCGUCGGCCGCUGAGCCCCACGGCAGGGCCUU